AUGUCACAGGAUGGGAACCAAGAUAAUUCGAAGAUCAACGACGUUGAUGUAGCCGAUUCCGAGGAGACGACCAUCAAGAAGCCGAGAACUGAUGUCUCCGAGCCCAUUUCGAUCAACAGCACCACGAAUGCAGAACCGAGUGGACGUCCAUUGCCCAUGUUCGUUGCGGGUAAGUUGAAUUUUCGCCGCUUUCCCGUUGAAAUUAAGAUCAGAGAACCAAAUUUUUAGUGAUCUUUGUUUUUUCUCGUCGUUUGUUUGCAUGUAAUACCUUUUUUGAUGAAAUUGCCUCCUUGGUUACGCGCUGGGGUUUCGCCUCAAUUUAGUGAGAUCUCUGGCGCAACGGAUAUCCCAAAUUUGUACUUAUGUCAUAAUAUUGUGCAAGAUUAUUGGACUCUUUUGUCAUGGAUAAUAUAAAAUAAAAAAAUCGCUUAAAAAUUCGAAAUAAUGCAUUCAAAACAUUGCAGGUGCAUCCCCAAACAAGUACUUGACCCUCGAUCAGUUCAAGGAGUUCCAGCAGAUGAACGAUGAGCUCAAAAACAUGGCCAUAGCACAUGAGAUUUCGUUGGAUCCGAAUUUCUCAAUUGAAGGUCUGAAGGAAAAAAGUUCGACUCAGCUCUCAAAGCAGGUUGAGGAGAUGGGAAAGAAGGCAUUUUAUGACAUUUUGAGAGAGCGAUUAGCCGAGGAUCCGCCUAAUUAUACACCUUUCUUCUCCUUGUAUGCAGAACUAAAAGAUCUCGCGUUGGAGGCUUCAACGGCCGCUUCAGCGAAGAUUUUUGAUAACUUUGACCCUGAAGAGCCAAAGAGGUCAGUUUGAAAAAGUUUUUACGAUUGUCUACUCUUUGAGAUUGUUUGUUUUUAUGACGUUUUUUCUAAUUUGGCUAUGAGGUGAAAUUUUUUUAAUUUUUUGCACUGUGCAGAAUAAUUUGACCAAAAUUUUCGAAAUUUAAAAUUAACUUAUGAUCGUUUAGACAACAAGAAAAUAACUGUUUGGACAUGGUCGGACUGGUCCACGCCUUUGUUGACAAACUUGGCAAAAUUUGCGCUCCAAUCCGAGAUAGUCAAGUGGCCAAGUUGAAGAAGGAAAAUGACCUCGUAAACUUGUUCAGGUAAGCAUGAAAUGCUUAUACAAGACGUUUUUACAGUGGAGUACACACUUUGCUCGACGAUAUGAAACACGACAUGUUGAACUUUACGGUAAAGGCCAACAGACAUCAAAUUCUUCAGCAUUCGGUUCAAAUGGAGUCUCAGCAGUUUUUGAAACUCCUCAAAUUUUCUCCACGUAAGAGAUUUUCACAUUUUCUAAGGAAUUUUUGAAUUCCUUUUUGGGUUACUGACAGUAAAACUUACUGUAAUUUACUUUUUCAUACUGUAUCUUUAGACCUUGCAAAUGAAACACGAGCUUGGCUGGCCGAAGCCACCGCCGAAUAUCAAUCGAAACUCCCGCCAGACCAGCCAAUGCCCAGUAAAAUCACAGAGAAACAGCUCACCCAGAUCUUGGCCAUAGGCUAUGCAAGGCUUUUGGAUGGAAAAAGAACCGGAGAUUUGUUCCCAGAAACUCUAAAAUAUGAUAUAUUGAGGGUGGAGAAGUUGUGGAAGGAGAAAUUCCGGCUGGUAAUUUGUCUGACAUCAGUUUUCAUUGCAUCGAAUUUGGCUGGAAAGCAAGUUUGCGAAGAAACGGACUUCAAAAAACGACUGAAAAAUAAUUUGCUGGCGCUUUUGCAGGAUGUGGAUGAAAGGUAGGGGUGGAAGAGACUAUGUUCUGUCUGAAAAUGUCUUGAUUUGGAAUUUGUUUUGACAAUGAUCAUCGUUUUUGGCCAUGUUUCUUAAGUUUUGUCAAGUAUAACAUAACUUUUUGUUUAGUAAACUAAAAGAAGCUUUGGAAACAGUUUUUUUGGAGUGUGAUCGACAGCUGAAGACAUCACUUGGCGAUAAAUGGAACGAAACCUUCUCGGCCCUCCUGAAACGACAGAUUAUUGCGGUGGAAAAUGAGAGUAACCCGGUCAGAAGGAUAGUUGGUAAGUUUUUGGUCAAAAGAUAACUUUAGAAGCUAUUCAGAAUGGCGUAAAGUUUUUUAAGUAAUUGAGUAAUAAACUUAAUUUUAGAGGAUCGAAUGUUCUCGAUCAUUAGCACGAUCCUCACCGGCCCUCAGGCAAUGAAAGAUCAGGGCAGCCGCCUGCCGCCCGGACUCAGUCUAAUCGAAGAGGAAUUGGUCGCUCUGAUCAGCCAAUACCUCCCAGUCACAUUCCACAACUCUCGGAGCUUCUGCCAAUUCUACACCGCCACCAUCAACGAACAUCUCCACCACCAAUCCAGCCCUCAAAAACCUUCCACAUCUCAAUAG